CCAACACUCCCCACUUCCCCAACAGAUAGCAAAGUAAUUGACCAAAUUGGCAAAUCAAAUCCCUAGCAUUAGAAGAACAGAGUCUGCGACUCGACUCACCAGCGUUGAGCGCAGUGGAGCCUAGAGUCGACGAGCGGAGUCGUUGCCUGAAUUCUUAAGCUUGCUCAGUGGCGCCAUGGAGGCUCAAGGCUGGACGGCAGACGAUUAAGGCCUUUAGUGCAGACCAAAAGGGAGAAAUAGCAGCUAGAACUCGAGAAUGGCGUCGAGAAAAUCAAAAGCUCCGGUUCCAAAUUCCAAAAGUGCAGCUUUUAUGGGCAGAUUUUUGAGUAAAACAUCCUCCUCAACAUCCUCCUCAACACCCUCCUCAACACCCUCCUCAACACUAGGAAGUUCAAGUGUAAAUGUGUGUAAUAUUAUUUCUCAAUGUCAUAACCCAAUGUCUCAAGAAGUCAAUUUGGAUUACCUUCCUUUGGACCCCGUAAAAAGAAGAAAAAUUUCUGAAUAUCAUCCUAAUCAAAGGGAUGAAAUUCGAAUCAAAUAUCUGAUUAAAGGUCCUUGCCAACCACGUGGUCAUGACUUCCCACAAAAGGAAAUCGGGAAUACUUCGAGACAGUUUAAUUCUAAAUGGUUUGAUAAAUACCCUAGCUGGUUAGAGUAUAGUAUUCAAGAUGACAAAACUUUCUGUUUAUGUUGUUACUUGUUUAGAGAUUAUUUUGAAAAUCGUGGUGGGAGUGAUGCAUUUGUAAGCGAAGGCUUUUCAAGUUGGAACAAAACUGAGAGAUUAGGCUAUCAUGUGGGUGAAAUAAGUAGUUUUCACAACAUAGCAGUUAAAAGGUGUGAUGCUUUGAUGAACCAAGAUCAAUCAAUUGCAGUUGCAAUGGAUAGACAAAAUGGAAUUGUGAAAAAUGAGUAUCGUAUUCGCUUGAAUGCUUCUAUUAAUGGUUCAAGAUUUUUAUUGCAUCAAGGACUCCCUUAUCGUGGUCAUGAUGAGUCUGAAGAUUCUAACAAUAGAGGUAAUUUUUUGGAAUUGAUAAAGUAUACCGCCACUCAGAAUGAGGCGGUUAGUAAGGUUGUUUUAAAAAACGCUCCGGGGAAUAAUCAAGUUAUUGCUCCAAGCAUUCAAAAAGAUAUUGCCAAUUGUUUUGCACAAGAAGUGGUGCGUUCUAUUAUUGCAGAUAUUGGUGAUGAUGUGUUUGCUUUGCUUGUUGAUGAGUCCAGCGAUGUUUCUUACAAAGAGAAAAUGGCUAUGGUUUUGCGUUACGUUGAUAAAUGCGGCAUGGUUAAAGAAAGUUUUAUUGGUGUUGUUCAUGUCAAAGAUACAUCUUCUUUAUCUCUUAAAUCUGCUAUUGGUUGUGUUUUUUUUUAUUAUGGGCUGAGUUUGAAAAAUGUGAGAGGCCAGGGCUACGAUGGUGCAAGUAAUAUGUAGGGUGAAUUCAAUGGUCUCAGAGCUUUAAUUUUGAAAGAAAAUAACUCGGCUGAUUAUUUUCAUUGUUUUGCUCAUCAACUACAACUAGUUGUUGUGGCAGUUUCAAAAAAACACUUUCAAGCUGGAGAUUUCUUUGAUAUGAUAUCAUUAUUGUUGAAUGUGGUUGGAGCUUCUUGUAAAAUAAGAGAUAUGAUUCGAGAAAGCCACCAAAAAAAAGUGAAGCGAGCUAUAAGCAGUGGCGAAAUUAGCACGGGAACAGGUCUGAAUCAUGAACUUGCACUUCAAAGACCUGUAAACACGCGUUGGGGUUCUCACUAUAGAACACUUUUGAAUUUGGUUGAAUUGUUUCCAUCUGUUGUUGAGGUCCUUGAAUAUGUUGAAAUUGAAGGCAUUGAUAGUGUAAAAAGACGUCAAGCAAACGGUCUUUUAAAAUACUUUCAAUCCUUUGAUUUCGUCUUCUAUUUACAAUUGAUGUUGCUUAUUUUGGGACUCACAAACUCUUUGUCAGUUGCUCUUCAAAGGAAAGAUCAAGAUAUACUCAAUGCUAUGUCAUUAGUAGAAACAACAAAGCGGCAAUUGUUAAAAGUUAGAGUUGAUGGGUGGGGUUCUCAUUUGAGAAAGAUCUCUUCAUUCCGUGAGAAGUAUGAAGUUUCAAUGCUUGAUAUGGAAGAAAACUUUGUUAACCCCAAGCGUCCAUGACAAAGAACUAAUAUUACCAAUCGGCAUCAUUAUGAGUUUGAAUGUUUUAAUACUGUUAUGGAUUUGCAAAUCAAAGAAUUUGAGGAUCGGUUUGAUGAGUUGUGUUGAACGCAGGAGCCUUGAGCAUGAGCUUGGUGUUUACAUUGAUAAUCUCCUAGCGGAAUGAAAGGUUUCGUAACUUGAAAAGUCUUGGUGAUCUUGCUUAAGUGAUGGUGAACACAAGAAAACAUCUUUCACACCCUCUCGUAUAUAGGCUUUUAAAGCUAGCUUUGACUUUGCCAGUUCCCACUGCAACUGUUGAGAGAUGCUUUUCUGCUAUGAGAAGACUAAUUUGCGUAACAGAAUUGGCGAUCAGUUUCUCAGUGACUGUUUAGUUUGUUUUAUUGAAAGAGAUGUAUUUGAAACAGUAACAAAUGAAACUGUAAUAGAUCUCUUUAAAAAAUGAAAACUCGAAGAGAGCAGUUGUGAUUUACUUUAUUUGUG